AUGGAGUCCCGCCGGUCCGCGGCCUGCACCGGCUCCAGCCUCCUGCAGCCGGUCAGCCGGAUCACCGACCUGCCGCUGGACCAGGUGAACUUUGUGGUGUGUCAGCUGUGUGCUCUGCUGUCGGCCUUCUGGUUUCGUCUCUUCCUCCAUCCCAGUAGAACCAGUCCCUUCAUCAGACACAUGGUGGCCACUCUGCUGGGACUCUACUUCGCUCUGUUCUGCUUCGGCUGGUACGCACUUCACUUCCUGGUGCAGAGCGGACUCACCUACAGCAUCAUGAUCCUGACUGGAGUCCAACACAUGCACAAAUCCUGUCUCCUGGUGGCUCUCAGCUAUCUGAGUCUGUGUCAGAUCACUCGAGUCUACGUCUUUGACUACGGCAUGUAUUCGGCUGACUUCACCGGACCCAUGAUGGUGAUCACACAGAAAAUCACCAGCCUGGCAUUUGAAAUCCACGAUGGAAUGGCUCGAAAAGAGGAUAGUCUGACCCCGGGACAGAAGAAAUUGGCUAUAAGGAGGAUGCCCAGUCUGCUGGAAUACUUCAGCUACAACUGUAACUUCCUGGGGAUCCUGGCCGGACCCACCUGCUCCUACAAUGACUACAUCGCCUUCAUUGAGGGAGACCCCCGUCGCCACAGGGACCACGGCACUGAUGGGAAGUCCAGUGGCAAGCGGAGGCAGAGCGAGCCCUCACCAAACACUGAGGUCGUCCGUAAAGUGACCACUUCCUUCUUCUGCCUCCUGGUCUUUCUGUUGGUGUGUAAAGUUUUCCCUGUGGAACGAAACAUUGACGACGACUUCAUCUCCAACACAACGUUCUACUCUCGGGUGGUCUACCUGUACCUGUCCAUGUUGACCACCAGACCCAAGUACUACUUUGUCUGGACUCUGGCUGAUGCCAUCAACAAUGCUGCAGGUUUCGGCUUCAACGGUUACGACAGUGACGGCUCUCCUCGCUGGGACCUGAUCUCCAACCUGAGGAUCCUGAACAUCGAGUUUGCCACCAGCUUCAAAGUCUUCCUGGACAACUGGAACAUUCAGACGGCUCACUGGCUCAAAAGAGUGUGUUACGAGCGAUGUCCCUACCACCCGACAGCAGCCACCUUCAUCCUGUCAGCCAUGUGGCACGGAGCGUAUCCAGGUUACUACCUCACCUUCCUCACCGGCAUGGUCAUCACACUGGCUGCCAGAGCGGUCAGACACAACGUUCGGCCAUACUUCCUUCAAUCACCCUCCCAUAAACUGGUCUAUGAUGUCAUCACAUGGGCGGCCACUCAGAUCGCCAUCUGCUACACAGUGGUGCCUUUUGUCCUGUUGUCUGUCGGUGCAUCAAUAAAGUUUUACAGAUCGUGGUUUUUCAGUCUCCAUAUCGGCUGCGUCCUGUUGGCUGUGGCAUUGCCAGUCAAACGGAGACAUCUCCACCUCAGGGACCGGCAGAGAAACCUCCCCCAGGAGCCGCUUCAGCACCCCCUGGAGGCUAGAGAAAGUAACUGCAGCCAGAAGGAAAGAAACACAUGA